AUGGCCGAAUCCGGAGUGGCCGUCCGCAGGCCGCUUUCGCCCAGAAAGUUUUUCGCCAUGUUGUACGAGACGGACGCCGCCGCCGCCGCCGAGCACGCCCGUCGUCCGCUUCACGGCCGCGCCGGCGACGUCCCGUUGCAACAGUGGUACGGAUUGCGACGGCCGUCCGUCCCGGUGCAGCUCGCAGCCGCCGCGGACCCGUCACUACAGCAGCACACCGUCGUGGUCGUCCGGCCCACCGCAGCGUACGUUGAACACACUUUCGCCGCCGGCUUGACCGCUUUCCUUGAAAGGAGACGACGGAAAGAAGGCCGGGCACCUCGACGGCAGAGGACUACGUUCAGUCCAGAACAGACACUAAGUUUGGAAAUGGAAUACAGGAACAACGAGUAUGUGUCCCGGAACAGGAGAUCGGAAUUGGCCACUGCAUUAGAUUUAUCUGAAACGCAGGUAAAGAUUUGGUUUCAAAAUCGUAGGGCCAAAGACAAGAGACUGGAAAAGACACAUUAUGACCAGCAAAUCAGGCAGAUGUUCCAGCAAAAUGGUUUCAUUUUACCGAAGAUUUAACGGCGGGUUACGCGUGGUCAAACAUAGACGAUAUAAUACGAUAAACCUAUACCUCGGAAUAAUUAUCACUACAUCGCUGUUAAACCAUGCUCUACAUAAUAUAUGAUACUAUAUAUUAGCCAACGGCAA